CGCACAUUCAGUGCCGGCCUCGCGCACCGUGAUGAUCAAUCGCGUGCGUGACAGCUAUUGUCCUCGCGCUUUAAACGCAACACCUGCACAACAGAGUUAAAAGCCACUGCGACAGAGGAAAUCAUGACAGAAAAAGGGAUAAUCGGCAACGAUGAUGAAUAUGUGGGUGAGAUCAAAGGGGGUCUACGGCCGUCUAUGAGGUUGAUAGUGAUGGGUAUUGUUCACAAGCGGCCCAAAAGCAUGGUAGUGUUAGUGUCAUGCCAGUCUAAGAUUGAGGAGGAUGAGGAAAUCGCGGGUGAUGUGGGUUUGGAGCUGAAGGUGAACUUUGCCGAAAAGGCUGUACAUCGUAAUGCUCGUCUGUCAGGGCAGUGGGGUGCUACAGAGACCGCCCUGUCUUUCUUCCCCUUUGCUCCAGGAGAGGCUUUUAAGAUGGAGAUUGUGUGCGAGCACCAGCAGUUCCGUAUUCUAGUGGAUGGGCAGCCCUUGUGUGGUUUUGCUCACAGAUUUACUCAGCUAGCAUCUCUCACUGCUCUUAGAGUCUAUGGAGAUCUACAGCUUACCAAAGUGGCUUGAGCAGGACUGGAUGUGUCUGCUAUGAUGACAUUAUUUAUAGAACCAACUCACAGUUGAUGUUUUAGAAACAUCAGCAUACUGUACACAGUUGUCUUAAAAGUUCCAAAACCCUACAUUGGUUUUAAAUUGAUAAAGAAUUCAUUUGAAGUUUGAUCUGGGUUUAAUUUGGUAGUAAAAACAAACCUGUUCAAUAGAUGAAUUGGAAACUAAUGUGAAACCAGCUCUACAUUUCAAAAACAUUUCAAAGCCAGACAGCAUAAAAGUCACAUGUAACAUCCAAUCCAAAUGAAUUCUCUCUUCUAAUACGCCCUUUUCACAUGACGUCACGCAUCUUCCGUUCUGCCGCAAAGUAGUGUAUCAUUACUUCCGCUAGCACUCCAGUUCAUAAGGUGGCGGUAAUGCACCUAUAAGCUGAUUUGCCAACCGCCAGUAAAACUCAAGAAGAAGAAGUUACUUCCGCUAGCGCCUCAGAAUGGAGUUUACCAAGUGGCUUGCACAUCUGCCACAAAUACGUCUAGAUGAUGUACAACGUCUUGCAGACAAAUUUUCGCUAACGACAAGAUCAAAGCUAGAGAAAGGAUACAAAUUCUUCGUUGAACAGUACCUGUUUGAUUAUGAAGGUAAGUGUUUUGUUUUCUUUUUGUGUAAGCAAAGGUGCUAGGAUAAGUACUUGAAUACGUGUUCUGUCCGUUUUUUUUCUCACUGUUGUUAAAUUCCAGUGCCACGGCAAAAUGGAAGCUCUUCUUCUUCUUCUUGUUUGUUGCAAGACGGAUGUUAUGAUACACUGCUUUGCAAAAAGGCGGAAGUUAAGUGACGUCAUUGUGAAAAGGGCGUAUUGACAUGUCCUGCAUACCUUUUCAUAAACACUAAUGUAGAGAUUUUAAUCAUUUUUAGCUUAAUCCCAACAAGGAGAUCUUAAAUUUUAAUAUUGAAUCUUUUUUAAAAAGUAACUAAUGUACCACCUUACUGUUUUUGUUUGCUGUAGAUGUGGUUAGUGGCUCUUUGAUACAGCAGCAAAAGUGCCUUUAUUUGUUCUUUUAGAUGCACUUAUACAAAGCAGAAAUUUAGGUGUUUGUAGUUGCAAUUGAUGUAACUUUAUUUUUUGCACCAUGGCAUUUAUAACUGACACCCGAAUGUUCACUAUAAAAUCCAAUGUCCUGCAAUUAUAUUGAUUUGAAGAAAACUGACUUAAAGUCCUUUUGAAGCCUUGAGCUCACGGUGCUGUCACUUUACUGUCAAAUGCUGCAACUUAAUCAUGUAUUAAAUGAGUGUAUCAUGUUCAUAGCAAGUUUUACUUUUACAUUUACUUGUACAUCUUUUACACUAAUAAUGGCAAUAUGUAAACAGUAAACGUUCUUAAAGAACCUUUCCGAUUUGAGUUAUACAUUUUAAUGUGUGUGUUGUGUGUGAGAGAGUGUGUUUGGGCAUGUACAGUAUUGGAA